AUGGCCGAAGACUUUGAACUCUUUUCAUCUCUCCGUUAUGACAAGGCAUUGCUUCAGGUAGCUGGCUCCGAUCUCACUCAUGCUGGCUGGAACUGGGCAAAUAGGUCGCCCUUGUACAUGCUUGACUUCCACCGUGACCGAAUUCUCAGAGCAGCGACACACUGGGGUUGGGAUGCUGCAAUUGACAUUCUCAGUGGUGAGGCCGGCCUGAAGCGUCUCGAGGAAUUCAUUCUGAGCAGUUUGGGUGAAAAUAUAUCAUCUCCUAUGAGAGUGAGGGUGUCCAUCACAAAACUUGGCCAGCUCAAGAUCGUUACCGGCCCAGUUUCGCAAACGCCUUUGGAAAACCUCUUCCCAGAGGUACUUCCACCUCCAGAAGGAAUCAAAACCGAUAAAACGAGCACCAAUAUGCCAGUAAAGUCCCCUGAGUAUAUGGUCAUGGUUGACCAGAUGGGAUCUGCUCGGUCAGAGUAUACCCACUUUAAGACCUCUAAGCGGGCUGUAUAUGAUGGGGCAAGGCAACGGGCACAGAUCGGUUUGCUUGAUUUAAAGGAGGUCCUCAUCGUCUCCGAAACCACGGGAGAUAUCAUGGAGGGGUCUGUUACGACACCUUAUUUUUGGAGAGAUGGCAGAUGGGUGACACCUGCUGUAAGUAAGGAGUAUAGUGCGGAGAAAGGCAGCGGUGGGCAAGAUGGUACAUCGAGAAGAUGGGCUCUGAAAAGGGGCAUGGCUGUCGAGGCCACAAUCCCGGCCAGUUCCCUAGUUGAGGGCGAGGAGUGCUGGUUGAGUAACGGUGUUAGGGGAUUUAUCUUUGGCAGAGUUACCCUACGCUCACCUUAA